GUUGUAUUCGAUCCAGCGGUUUAAGAGCAGACGAUUAAUGCAUAAGCUGUCUGCAUUUCUUUAAUCUACAUUCGGGCGAGGUGUUUUGCUCAUAGAUUCCACGCCUUGCUGUGAAGUUGAUCGCGGAAAUAAAUUAUUCAUUGGCCAUCCACUGAAUUAGAUUGUGGGUUGACAUCCACCGAAGGUUUAUAAAUUGUUCAGAGGCCAUUGACGGAUUUCCGGGCAAAUCUUUUACAGCGGCUAAGCAAGGGCUUUUCCAGAGCACAUUCAAUUUAACGUUCCAGCUGGAUAGGCUGGAGUGGAGUCGUGGUGUGUGCCUGGAAGCUCGCUGAGAUUUCAGAAAGCUGAAGACAGAGAAUUGCGCAUAAGGGAUAACUACAGUUUUGAAGAAGGCUUGGGCCGGUGACAGAUUUCUGGCAAGACUGGAAGGCAUUUUUCGAGUUGUAGGCCGUGUUAAAACACUCUUCGAUUGAGUCUCAUGGCUGAAAAUGAGAACCUUCCUCCCAAAGUAAUGAAGGAACUUGCGAGGGAGAUAAAGAGUCUUGAUGAAACACCACCAGCAGGCAUUAAAGUAAUCGUUAAUGAUGACAGUUUCUCAAUCAUAUUCGCAGAAAUAGAAGGACCAGCUGGCACCCCAUAUGAAAAUGGUGUUUUCCGCAUGAAACUUGUCUUAACUACCGAUUUUCCACAAUCUCCACCAAAGGGUUAUUUUGUGACAAAAAUAUUUCAUCCUAAUAUUGCAAAUAAUGGAGAAAUCUGUGUCAAUGCUCUGAAGAAGGAUUGGAAUCCAAGCCUUGGAUUGCGACAUGUUCUUGUGGUUAUCAGGUGCUUACUCAUAGAACCUUUCCCAGAGUCUGCAUUAAAUGAGCAGGCUGGGAAGAUGCUUAUGGAAGACUACGAAGCCUAUGCAAGACAUGCCAGACUAUAUACAAACCUUCAUGCUUUGAAGCCCAAGAUGAAAAGUAAGGCAGCUAUUUCAGAGUCUACUGCUCUAAAUGAAGGGUCAACAAAUAACAUUGUUUCUGCUCCCGGUCCCCUCCUACCAUGUAGUACAAAUAAAGAAAAUAAUAGUCAAGAUCCAAGCAUGAAUGUCGCUACAACAGAAGCUGUGGGAGUUGGGGCAUCAGCAGUUCAGAAGAAAAAAGAACUGGCGGCAUCUAUGAAAGUGUCUGUGGACAAGAAAAAGUUGGAUGCAAGAAAGAAAAGUUUGAAGAGAUUGUAAGUUAUUUGUCUGAUGAUAUAUUGCACAAUGAGAUAACUUAAUCUGAAUCAUUGAAACCGUGAUCUUUUAGCCAGAUUGGGUAAAUAAUGUAUGUAAAGUGAGAAACGUCUGGUCUCUCAUUUUUUAUGGAGCCAAAAUUUGGAAACUUGAUAAUUUGUAAGAACAAGGUUCAAGCUGUCAGCGAGUGUCUAGCAAAAUGAGAUAAUUUAUUGUCAUUGAAAAUGUUUGAUCUCUGUAGCCAAUUUGUACA